GCGGAGGGAAGGCGGGGGCGGAGGCGGCGGAGGGGAGGCGGGGGCGUCCUCGCCGGUGUGUAGCAACGGAGAUGGCGCGCGCCGAGUCCUCCGCGAGGAGAGCUUGUAAGCAGGAGGCGUGCUCCACAGGGCCGGCUGCACGCAGGUUAGACGUCGGUUUGGAGAGGAGCUCGGCGGAGCUGCGCCGUCGUGUUCGCCACCAGCAAGCUUCAGUCGGUGGGUGCGACGGCAGUCGUCGGCGCCGUCGGGGCGCAAGGUGUGCAGAUUAUGCAGGUCAUAUACCUUACAGCGUUGGCUAUGACCACAGCUACGAUCCUGAUAAUGAAAUGUCAAACAGCGACUGUCUGGAGGAGAGUAGCACAUGCAGUGAUGAUGAAUCUGUGUCCAGGAGGAAGAAGGUGUUAGAGUAUUCAGCUUUUUCAAGAAGGAGGCUCUCAAAUCUCUCAAGAGGGAAUUCUCAAUUUUUUGUCAGAACGCUAAUAUCAAAGUCGAGAAUAAAAGGCUAAAAGCAACAGGGCUAGGAAGGGAUGCGUAUAGUGUGUAUGCCACCAAGUACUUCGCUGAGAUACUCAAGCGUAUGGCUAUUGGCCGGAAGGAUGUGAUCUCAAAAUACGGGUUCGAGCAUCUCCUGAAGUUUGAGAAAACUGAAUUCCCUUCUCACUUCACCAGAUGGAUUGUUGGUUGCGUAGACACAAUAUCUUCCCAAAUCAUUAUUGACGAUCAGAAGAUUAUCUCUCUUUCUAAGGAGUCUGUCCAUCUUGUGUUGGGUCUGCCGAACAGUGGCGUUGUAGCGAUGCCCAAUAAGGAGAGAGGGAGGAGUUUCAUUAUGUCUAGGUUCAAUCUUUCAGAAAUUCCAAAUGUCACUUUCUUUGGAAAUAUGCUCACAUCAGAAGAAGAUCUUAGCGAUGAGAACACCUUCAUAUGUUUCAUGGUGAUUGUUAUGUCAUGCUUUCUGUUCCCUUCUUCAAAUGAUCAUAUACACACGGACUUCCUAUUCCUUCUGGAGGAUCCUACUGUCACAAGGGGAUUCGACAUGUGUAUUCUUGUCUACCAAUGGAUUUUGGCCGGCAUCAACCAAUAUGUGUUGUUUGGUAGGGAAACCGGCAGGAAACCAAAAGCCUUUGAUUUCUGCAUAUAUUGCUUGGCUGUGUUGUAUUUAGAUAAGCUUGACUUUGGUGUAAGGGUGGUCGAGCAAGGCGCCCCAAGGAUUCUUGCAUGGAAGGGUAAUUUGAUUAAACAUUUCUCGGAACUUGACCGGAAGAAGAGCAACUUGUUUGGAAGGAGACCGUUCAAAAAGGAGAUUAUUCAGGGCAUCAUUGGCAGCGCACACUGCGACAACAUAAAGGAGUCUGGUUUUCAAAAUGUUCAGGAAGCAAUAGCAUCAAAUGUGUUGAAGUUUCUAUCUAGACCCGGAGUAUCAUCUCUUUUCAUCGCUGGUGGUCAGGGCACCCUUUCAAAACUAGGAUCAUUAGCGAAACAGAAGAUGGGCAUAUCAAGUGAGGAUGAUAGAACUCACAAAAAAGGUUUCCGCGAGUAUGGUGAAAGCAGUGAUGUGAAUGAGAAGCUCAAGCACGUUAAGAGCAACAUCAACCGAACAACUGUCAAGAUCAACGAAAACAUGGUUUCAUCAAUUGCAGCUAGCAAGCAUUCCGACACAGGAACGAGCAACAACAAACUUCCGUUGCAACCUGUUGUUGAGAACAGUUUGUCGUUAGUUCAUAACGACUCGCAUGACGCUUUAGCAACCCCAGAAUGUGCGAUUACUAAAAUUGUUGAACACAGCAAUGAAAAAGUGCCCGAAGUGGAAGUAGUGAAGAAGGUCAGGGCUAGGGUGUUCAACACAAUGCAUCGUGAGCAGGAGUUUUCUUUGAUUAACACAUUCCCAGCAGGGGUGAAGGAGCGCAACUCUUUUCUGCAGUUUAGUGUGCAACACAGCUAGGGCACUUUCACACGCUCCAUCAGUCUUACCGGCACAAAAAAAGAUGUUGGAGGUCAGAUUGCACCUCCUGAGGCAGGGCAGAGCAAUUACCAGAUGAUUAACCACAUGUCACCAAUAGGCCGUACAAAGCUGUUCAGCGAGGACUGCAACAUUGGCACCAGCAACAACCCUCCUAAGCUCAUGGCAUUGGCAGACAAGUUUUCAAAAACCAGCCAAAUCAUUGGCACAAAACAAGCACCAAUCCCACUGGCCGAUCUUUCCCCCUCUAUGUCAACUAAGAGGAAGGCAGACAUCGUUGAUAUCAGUCCAACAAGUUUUUGUGUCCGGCAGAUUGAAUUAGCUAAGAAUGCAGAUCUUGUAUAGUUGUAUACAACAAUCUAAUCGGACCAAUUGCGAAACGUCAACGCCAAUCUACAGUAGGGGUAGAAGAGGUUGUUGAUGUGCCAGACGACACUGAUAAUCAUAUCAUUAUCGAUGAACUUGCACCGGACACCGUUCUCAAUCAAGGUGGACAUGAUGAUUUGAUCAUUUUGCGACCAAAAAGUCUCUUGGAACUCCCAAUCGAGGAAAAUGAAAAGUUCCCUGUGUCAAAUUAAGAGUGCAUGCAUUACAACUCAAUAAUCGAACUUGCCUAUACAAAAAGAAUUCAGAGAAGAUGGCAAUCGCCAAGACCAAGAACACCGACUCGAUUAUUCCUGUUCGCCCAUAGAAAAGUGUGGCCCUGCCUGAUCAGUUUUUUUUUGUUCUAUGUGGCGAACAAACAGGAAGUAUGCGUUGACGUACUCAAUGGUUCAUUGCAAUUACGUAUCACUUGGACAAAGCCUUAUGCCAACAGGGCACAUCGACAAUUUCCUGAUCCCUUGCUUUUGUCGGAAGUUCUUCGAGGACCGUCAUCCCUCAAUCUCUGGAAGGCACCAUUUCUUCCCGAACAUUGGCGAGUAUAUUCUGAACUACCCAAAAGACGAUAAACUAAGAUCAAUUGCCACUUCGUUUUUGGGGGCAGCAUCAGCAAGUAGGAGUAAACGGCUAGAUUUGUCAAAUACGCUGUUCUUCCCCACAUGCCUCGACAACCAUUGGAUAGUGUUUGUUGUCAAUUUCAAGUGGAAACUUUUUGCUUUCUUGGAUUCUUUUUACGACAAGGACUCAUAUCUUCACAAGUCUACCAGAGAGAAAUUUAUCAAUAACUUCAUCAAGUUGUGGGAAAUCAUUUUCCAAACAGACCAGCAUAAUUUCAAGAUUUUCAAAAGGAUGUACCCUCACGUGCCAAAGCAGAAUAAUGGAAAUGAUUGUGGAGUGUUUGCAACAAAGAUAAUGGAGAUAUGGGACCCAACCUUGGAUCUGCGCAAGAUUUUCUCACAUGAAGACAUCCAACACAUAAGAAUUCAGUACAUGAACCAACUUUUCUUUUGGAAGAAAAACACUGCAGACAAGAGCCUUGUCACUGGUUUCAACUUACAGGGUAACUUCGUCAGCGAUCCUCCAUGAUAGCGGUGUCGUUCUCUGUUUCUAGGCUUGUUUGGAUGGGCAUCAAGAGAAGAAGAGAGCUCAUUUAAAAAAAUUCUGUAGCAUCAUCUAGAUCAUUUUGUGUAGUGUAGUGGUCAAUGGAACUGUUGAGGAAGUUGUCGUUGGUAGUACGAGCAUCUCAUAUUGUUGUAAAUGGUGGCCACUUCUUUUUUCAUGUAAAGAAAAAUCUUCUCUUCUAUGUCAUACGUAUUCAUUCUGAGACAGACUAUCAUUUACUUUAUCAUUUUGUUUGUUCUCCCGUAAUUUUCACUAUUUCCAGUUUUAUUAAUUGUUCAGAUUGGCGUCAGAUCUUCUUCUCUAUUCUUUCUUUUAGUUUCCCUCGGUCUUAUUUAGUAUGUCUUCAGUUUUUCUUUUUGUAGUUUCUUAUUUUAAUCUUGCAGUCGGUACCUAAAGGAAUAAAUUGUGCUCAGUAAGUCCCUCCCAUUCGCUUAGUCACUCUCUGCUUCUUUUGCUUCGGCACUUCAUUUUUUCCGUGUCAUGUGCAGCAACAAGUGAGUCUUCAUCUAUUUCUGAUUCUCAAUGAUGGUGGAGGUACAUCUUUAUCUAAUUUUUUAGUGUUCUUCAUUGCAGGUUAGUUCAUGGUUAGGUUUCUUGUGGCAUUUUCAGUUUAGUGUCUGAACCCGUAGGUGUCUAAUUUCAUUCUGCAGUGUGUAUCACUUUUUCCAUCGAUGUGAUUUUUUUUUAAAACCUCACUCUAUGCGCCGCUCUUUUUUUGAUAGAUGCCAUGCUCAGUCGCACUACUGCUAUGAAGACUCUAACAAAGAUGUCUAGAAUCAGUCCCUGUUCGCAUCUAUUUCAAAUAACAUGGAAACAUCACACUCAUUUUUUUGUUCAUAUUCUUUGCUUCUUAUAAGGUAUUUCACACAUUUUUUGUAAACAUUCUUUUCUCUCAAUCUUUUUUUCUUACAUGAAGUUUGUACAAUCAGAAAAUGUAAAUAGUCCUGGCUACUCCUUUGUUCUCUAUCCAUGCAGGUUACAAGCAGAUGGAGUUAGAGUUGCAGGGUAGGAGCCACGUCAUUGUUGCAGUUGGGAGACCUCAUCCGUAGGUAUGUUGGUAGCGUAGAUCUCUUUGUUCUUUUCCCUCCUAGCAUUCUGCCGUCCUUGCCCUGUUAUAUGCAUGAAAAGAGUUAUUUUGUUAGUCGAUAACAAUACCAUUUUUUCACAUUUUUUAUAUGAGUGUGUCAAUGGAGUGCUAUAUUUAUUUUCUAGUAGUUUUUUAUAGGGAAUCACCUCCAUCAGCCGUGCUUGGCUGGUUUGUCUUCCUAGAUCUCUUCUUUUUGGGGAUAUCGUAUACUUUAUCCAGAUUAGUGCAUUUCCUUUUUGUGUGACCCGGAUCAUUACAGUGGCUGCACUUGUAGAAUGUCUUGGUUUUUAUGCGUUCUUGUAUGGUCAUCAUUCGUGGGCGCCCUUUUGUGUGUGCCUUAUCAGGAUUCAAUAGCCCAACAGUUGAAUUGCUGCCCCCACUCUGCACCAUAGUUGUCAGUGUGCCUAUUGUCUUGUUGGAUCUGUUGCUCUCCUCUGUUUGUUCUCCUUGCCCAUCCAUCUCUUCUUCUCCUUCUCUAUCCAUAUCAAUUAAGUGUUGUUGAAUCCUGAACAUUUCUGAUACCAGGUAUUCAAACUUCCUUUGACUCUUUGAUGCGUUUGAACCAAGCCCCAUUAGCUUCAUCCCUAGGACAUUGUAUCUCAGUUCGUCAUUAUCUAAUAUGAGUGGAAUCUCCUUGGGUUUAUUCAUUUUCUUGCCUUGUUUCCUCCAUCUGUCUAUUAUGUAUUUGUCUGGUAUCUUAUCCACCUCAAGGUGCACCAUCACUUUCAGAAUAUGAGAACACAAAAUGCCAUCCUUUUCAAACUUGCAACAAAUGCAGGAGUAAUCUUCUUUCUCAGUAUCCACUUGCACCACAUAAAGCCUUGUCUCGUGUUCUUGUUUGUAGUAGUUCUUUGCCUGGUACACCAUGUAUAGUUUCAUUUUUUCCUCUUCUCUAAUUUGCAGUCUUGUUACAUCAUUCAGAAUGAGCUGAAAUUUUCUGAAGAUGCUUAUGUUGUACAGGCUGUGUGCUUGUCUCUCGAUGUAGUACUUAGUGUUGAAUGAUUUCCAGGAAACUUUUUUGUGCUUUGCAUUAUGGUCAAGCUCAUCCUCAUUUGCAUGGAUGUUGUCUAGUAUUCUCUGGUAUUCUCGUAGGAAGCUUGUCAUGCUGAACUGUGCACCAACCCCCUUCUUGAACAAAGCAUUUGUGCCCUCACUCCUAGCUGUUGUUUGGAUGAAUGGGAAAAACUUUGUCUUGAAGUACACUGGCACAAAUUUUUUCCUUGCUUCCCACAUGUCUUGGAAAAUUUUCACCUCACCCACAUUGUAAGUUUCAAUCAUUGUUUGCCAUAGUGUUUCAAACUCUCUCUCUCUCUGUCAAUGAGUUAUUCACUAUGUCGUGAAAGUCCUCAUAUAACCCUUGAUUCAGUUGAAACACUCUGCACCCUUUCUCUUCGGCUUUUUUCAUCACAUGGAACAAGCAUGUUCUGUGUGUUGCUUGUGGAAACACAGCUUUUAUUGCCUUUUCCAUUCCUCUGUCUUGGUCAGUUAUUAUUGUUUUGGGUGCCUUGCCUCCCAUUGCUGCUAAGAACUGCCGGAACAACCACUUGAAUGUGUUAGCAGUCUCAUCGAUAAUAAGGGCACAAGCAAACAAGUACGUCUUCCCGUGUGGAGAAACACCAACGAACGGUGCAAACGGCAAGUUGUACUUGUUUGUUAGGAAUGUUGUGUCAAAGCUGAUGCAGUCCCCAUACUCUUGGUACAUUAUUCUAGAUCUAGCAUCUGUCCAAAACACGCUCCUGACCUUGUUUUUUGCAUAUACUUCCAUUGAGUAGCAAAAUCCAGGGCUCUCAGCUUGUUUGUUCUCGAAGUAUUGCUGCACUUCCAUGACGUCACUGUUUUCCAAUUCUCUGUUUAUUGUUGUACCAUAGUUACUCACUUUCCUUUUGUUGUAUGGUAACUUGUCCAUUCCUCCUCUUAUGUACGCCAAUACUGCCACUAUCUUCCUCGUAGGUAUGUUGCACCUUUUCAUUGUUCUGAUCAAUGCUUUCUCUUCAUCAGACAUGUAAACAUGAGAUCUAAAAAACCUACUGCGAGGGUUGAGCUCAUGGUUAUGAUCAAGAUUGAGGUUAGUUAUGCGCCAUUUUCCAUCUUUCAAAGUAGCAUUUGUGCUUUGCAGUCUGUCUUCGCUAUGACAGUGCUUUUUCCUUGUACAGACAAGUUUUCCAUUUCGGCCUCUAUAUUAUGCCCAUACUUGUUGCAUUUCAGUGUUACCAUUGUAACUUCUCUGUCCCUUUUUUGCUGGUUGUGCGGGCAGUCGACACAACAGAUAUGGAGAAACCAGCUACAAAGGCAUAGAAGUUUAAGAACUUUUGAGCUUCUUCCCUCGUAGCAAAAUGCAUCCCUGUUUCAGGUUUCAGCUCGCUAUCAAUUGUUCUGUCGUUCCCUCCUUCUGCGGCCCGUCUUUCAUUUUCCAAAAUAUCUUCUGUUGUUUCUUCAUUGAUUUUCAUUAUGUUCAUUCUUGUUGUCUUGCACUUGCAGAUGGCAUGCAUCAGUUGAUGUUCCCGCCUCUCGAGACUGUCUAGAGGAACCAGCGUACACACAUGUCGGCGAAUCGAGAUUCCAGGUAUGAUUUUGCUCCCUCUCAGAAGAGCCGUCUCUUCCUUCAUUGUUUGUAUCAACCUGCAUGUGUUGUAGUGACGAGUUAAUCAUUAAAUGUGUGUCAAAUUAUCUCCUUUUUUCUUUUUUCCAUUAGUAUGAUAGUUUCUAUUCUUUUUUGCUUACUGAU